AUGCCCUGGGCCGCGGUCUUUACACACACUGCUCAUGAUGGCAACGCUGUCAUUCCCUCCCUCACUCGCACGGCAGGAGGACGCGGUUCUGCUGCGCCACGCGCUGCAGUGCGGCACGAAGCAGUGGGGCGAGCUGGAGAGGAGUGGUCAGCUCAAGAGGAGCAACAAGUCGUGCUGAAGUUCACUCACCACUAUCGCGAGAGCUUCCUGAGAAAUCACCUGGGAGGUGCUGCGUUCCUCCAGGACGUUUUAUUGGACGGAGACAGUUCGCAGCUGCUCUGUCAGGAUUUCCACCACCAGCAACAGGAGAAGCAGCAGCGUGCGGAGGGCGUGGGUUCACCUGCUCUCGCAUUCGGGGGCCUGUCGUUGGACGAGUGCACGGCUGUCUUCUUUGCCCCCAACGCGCGCUGCUGCCGCCAACCACCCUCACUGAACCUCUCUUCUCUCGCCAGCCCUCCUUCCCGAGCCGCCAGCGUAUCUGCUACUGCGGCUGCUCUUAAAACCGACUCUCCAGUGUCCAGGGAAGCCUUCCCCGUUGCUGCUGCCUCCAAUUCUUCUCCGCGUCGUGCGCUGAAGCGUCCAAGGGACGACUCCCCCAAGCUGGGGGCACAGCAACCGCUGCUCGGUGGACGUGAGAGCUGGUUGCUGCGACGGGGGUUUCUGCGAGGUGGGGUGGUGUGUAGCACGGAGUGGUGGCGUCAGUCAGUGGCAGAGCAGUUCCAACAGCAGGGGGCGAGCAGCCACGUGCAGGACGAGGAAGGAGCCCUUCUGAAUGCUCUGCUGCUAAUGGAGCAUCGCCAGCUGCAGCAAGGGGGAGCGAGGAGCAGGGCGCAGCGGGUGCUGUGGCCGCGCUUUGGGUCGGAGAGUGCCCUUCCAGACGACGUGAUGUUGGGGUGCAGCAGCGACGAACCUGCCUCCAUGCAACGCGCUGCUUUGUCUGCUCCUCCGCCCAUCCAUCCACACGCAGCGCUGGCAGCGCCAAUGCCUUCCCAGCUCGCUGCUCUACCUGGCUGCGCUCCCUUCUUCGGAAAUUCCUCCGCUGGCUGUGGGGAUCUCGCUCCCUGCAUUGGGGAUCUCGCUCCCUGCAUUAGGGGUUUCGCAGUACACGGGGAGGAGUGGCUCCGCGUUGCGUCAGAGAGCGCCCUUCCCGACGACGUGCUUCUGGGACUCUGCUUCGAGGACCCUGCCUUAACGCAGCGUGCUGCUCUGUCUGCUCCUGCGCCCGCCCAGCCAUUCGCAGCACCAAUGCCCUUGCCGCUCGCUGGUCUGCCUGGCCCCGCUCCUGGCAGCACGAGCAGGGGCUUUACAGCGGUGCUUGCUGGGAGUACGUGUGGCACACAGGAGCAGGAAUACCUGGAUGCAUGCGUUAACGUGCUCAGCAACAUAAGCAACCCUGACAACACUGACAAGCACAGUGCCAAGGACAACGGUGCUCUCUUUCUUGACACGCCCCUGGCUCACGUGCUGCUGGGUGGGAGUGCCCUCGCCGUGCCCUUGCCCAGUGGACCUCACACUGAGGGGCCUGCCGUCCCAAGUGCUGCUGGGGCAACCCUGCCAGAGUGGGCGGAGGAGCAGGGAGGGACCGGGGAAGGAGGUGCUGAGCAGCACAGGCAGCAGCAGUAUCUUGACCUAGAGCUUGACCGCAUGCUCUCGCUGCCACCACACCAGCCACAGCUGCACUCACAGCCACCGCCACAGCUACUCCCAAAGCCACUCCCAAAGCCACUCCCAAAGCCACUCCCAAAGCCACUCUUACAGUUACCAACACACGCGCCUUGGCUGCCUGUGCCUUGUCAACAUCCACGGGCUCCAUUGAACGCGCCCUCAACCCCAAGAGGGUUGCACAUAAAAGUUCCCAUACAGCCACGCCCUGUCAUGCUGCAGCAGCCCUUCCCCACUGGUGGUGCUCCACCAGCUCUCUGCAGCCCCUUACUCCCUCCCUUGCCUGACAUGACCGUCACAUGA